AAUUUUUAUAAGUAAGUUAAUUAACAUUCAUUCUAUCUAUAUAAAUAAAAGCAAGAAUUAUAUUUGAUAAAAUUUAGCUGGACUAAGCAAAUGAAUUACUCAUCCAUGAUUAAUUAAAGCAAAAUUAAGAAUAGCAAAGUCAGUUUUGAAGCUUCAUAAAUUUAAGGCAAAAACAAUAUAGAUAAUUCUUAGAAUACUUCUGGUUUGGGAACUAAAUUUAGUUAUACUGACCCUUUGAGCUAAGCUUAUCUUAACAAGGCUAAAAAAAAACCAGAAAUAGAUAAAGCAAGUUUUUAUUCAAAUAAAUAUGCUGUGCCAAUAGUCUAAACUGAUGUAACUCAGAUUAUUGAAAGCUAAAUUAAAGAAGACAGUUAAACAGUGUCAUAAAUAAAGCUAAAUGCUACCUAGAAUACAAACAGCCUUCGUAAAUAGGAGAAAUUACAAAAUAAUUUGAGACUUUAAUAGAAAUUAGAAUUUAGUAGAUAAAGAUUUUUAUAAGAAGCAUAAGAAAACCUUAGCUUUAAUAAGUUAUAAGAUAUUUCUAUUACUCCAGCAUAUCAAUAUUCUGAAUCCUUAAUUAACUAGAUGAAUUAAGCAAGAGAAAAUAUGAUGAACGCAGAAUUCAAGCAUAGCAAUUUGUUAGAAGAAAAUAUUAGUUUGAAAAAAUAAAUUUAAUUACUAAAAGAUGGAAUUGAAUUGCAAAAUAUUAGAUUUAAAUACUACAUUUAGUCUGCUUACAACAUGCUUAGAGGCAACAGUAUUUUUAUUCUAGAUGAAAGGUUAUUUUAUAUUUUGCUUAAGAGUCUAUUAACAGACUUAGAAGCAUAAAAGGUAAAUUUUAAUUAGAAGUUAGUUGCUACUUUAGAUGCAGUAAAUCAGAAAGUAACUCAAAGUAGUAAAUCUCUCUAGAGUUUGAUUGUAGAUAACGAAACUGUAUUAAAAUUUUUAGAUCAUGAUUUAAAUUUAGAGCAUUUCAAUACUCAUUUAGCAGCUGAAACUUUAGAAUAGCUGGAAAAAUAGGAAGAAGGAAAGUAAGAAGCUAUUAUAAAAGCUUUACAUUCAGUUAUUUCAGAAAAAGUAAUGGAAAUAGAAAAAUAUAGAAUAGCAGAUAACAAUAACAGACAAAUAAUCAGCUUGCUAACAGCAAAAAGUGAAGAAUAUGAAAGACAUAUUUAAAGGAUGAUGAUCAGCGCAGAAACAGAACCUCUUAAAAAUAAUUUAAAGAGAAUUAUUGAAUUAAAAAAAGAUAAUGAUUUAUUAGUAGGUGAAAAUGAGAGUUUGAAAAAGAUUAUUGAGCAAUAUGAUGAUUCUAAUAAAAAUUUAAUUAAUGAAAAUGAUUAUUUGCAAGAAAAAUGCAUAAUUUAUAGUAAAAAAAUAUUAUAGCUUCUAUUAGAUACUAACAUGAACGAAGAAGCAAUAAAAAAUUAAAUGGACUAAAUUCUUUAACAAGAAAAUCUUGAUUUUUACUUGAAAAAAAGAAAUAUGGAAUUUAUUAAAGAAAAAUACUCUGAAAAUAGCGAGGUAUAAAAAAAAAAUGCUGUUUAAGGGUAGGAAAUAGAAAGUUUAUAAUAAUAAAUUGAAUUAGCAAAUAAAACAAUAGAAUAGAUGGAAAAGAAAUUAAUUGAUUAAACCUAAACCAAAGGAUCUAUCCCUGGAAUUAUUAAUUUAGAUGACACUAAUUAGCUUUAACAUACUAUUUAACAGCUUUCUUUGAUUCUUCUUUCCAAGGAUAACGCAGUCAAAGUUGAUUAGACAACAUAGAGAAUUAUUAAAUAAAUGUUUUCAGAAAAUUUCGAUCAGAUGGUAGAAUUCCAAUAAGAAACAAUAGAUAAUCUAAAGAUAAAACUGAAUGAAGUAGAAUAAAAGUACUUCUAAAGUGAGUCUAGGAGAAUAGAUUAUCUAAAUAUUUCUUUUUAUUUAAGUAAUAUUCUUGUCAGUAUUUUAGAUUCAUAGAAGGAGAGCUAAAUAAAGGGAAAGUUGUAGAAAGAAAGAAAUUAAAUAAUUAAUUUUUAUGGAAAAUGUGUAUAAGACUUUUAAGACCUAAUUAAGCUAUAAAAUCCUAAAAAUAUAAAUCCUAUUAAUUAAUGGUACGUCAAUAAGCUAAAAGAUAAUUAAGAAUAAUCUAUGAGAGACUCACAAAAUUUAGAAAAACUUAAAAGUGCUGAUGAAAAUAUUCUAUCUGACUUGACAAUACUUUAGUAAAUGGGAGUUAAACCCCUGUAAGAAUAUAUUAAUAUGAGGAUAGGCAGAGUUGAAGAAGAAAAUGAAAAAUUAAAAGAAAACCUAAAAAAUAUCAAAAAAGAGAAUGUGACUGUAGCUGAACUGAAAAAGUAAAGACUUUUAGAUGAAGAAAGGUAUGAAAGAUUGAGCAAAAAAUUAAAGUCAUUCUGCUAAGACAAUAUUUUUACUGCAAGUGAGAAUAACGAUUUAAUAGGUCAUUAUAAUGAAGAUUUUUUGCUCACUAUGUUCAUUCAGGCUAACACUAUUGAGGAGAUGAUAAGCAAAACCCUUGAAAAUGAUGAAGAAGAUGUUCACUCAAGACCUUCUGUAACCAAUGAUAAUAAUUAAAUAUAAAAAUAUGACUCGUAACGAGAUUCUGAUCCCAGAAGCAACUUACCUCCAGUGUUAAACCACAGCAUCAUUGAAGAAAAACCAGGGGAAGAAGAUGAAUUCAUUGAAAAUGGUAAAAGGGUUAAAGUCAGAAAGAGCUUUAGAAACUUAUCUAGCUCCGGCCAUUCUUAGUAAGAAGCAAACCAUUAAAGAGAAGGAAGUGGAUAAGGUUUUGAUUAAAAAAUUUAAAUUAAUAUUUCAAUAUCAUCACCUGAUAGAUCAUUUUCCUCGUCUUUUAGUGGAUAAGCACCUGCAAUCGAAAACUAAUCACAAAAAAUGCAAUAAAUUGAAGAUAACUACCCAAAAAAGCAAUAAAACUAGUAAUAGGCAAUAUCUUAAAAAUAAUACGAAGAGGAUAUGAGCUAUAAUAAGCAAUAUACUAACAGCAUUGGAUAAUAUGGAUAAGAUUCAGAUUCUGUUACAUCCAGAUCAUCAGUAAACACAAUCUAGCAAAACUAAUAAACACAAGUACCAUCAAAACCAACAAAAUCAUUUUUUGAAUAUUAAUAACAAUAGUUAAUUAUGUAAAAUUAACAACAGUAAUUGUUUAAAAAUGUAGAAUAACAAUAAAUAUAGUAAUAGAGAUAAUUAGACUAAUAAUAUAAUAAUUAAUAAGAACAAUAAACUUUUAUCUCUAAUUCUCAAACUCCUUCAUUCAAGAACACUCCAAAAUCAACAAACAAUAAUUCUUUAUCAAAUAUUCAACAAUUAAGCAUUACUCAACUACAAUAAAAUUUCUCUAAUGUUAGAUAAAAUUUAGAAAAUGAAGAAUAUAUUCCCAGAGUAUAAAAACCCACUUAAUAUGUUUAACAAUUGAGUAAUUAAAUUUAAAGUAAUGAAGAAAAGCAAAGGAGUAAUAAAAGUAGCAAGCAAAGUAGCAUCCACCAAUCAUAAGAAAUGAAUGAAAUAAGCAAAUAGAAUAUUAAUUAACAAAUUAUCAAUGAAAAAUUAAAUAAUCAGUAAUAAUAAAUGAGAUAAAAAGAAAUUUAAGAUCUAAAAAGAUUUAGUGCAUAAAGUACCAUACAGUAGUUUAUUGAUCCUUAAUUCAAAAAGAGAUCUAGUGAACCAUAAAUAAUAUAGGGUUAUUUUAAUAAAGAAGAAGCUAUGAAUAACUUGUUGCAAUCUCCUAAAUAAAAAACAUCUAAUUCAUAAGUAAUUUCCUCUUAGAAUAAUAAAGACGUAUUAUCCCUAUCAAAAAAUAGCUAGGAAGGAUAAAAAAUAUUUCAAGACACAAUAGGCUAGAUUUCAGAUAUAAAACCAACAUCGAAAAAGAUGAUAGAUGAUGAUAAUAAAACUUCUUUUAAUGAAGAUCAUUUUGAGAUGCUUUUUGGAAAAAAAAAUGAAGAAAGUAUAGAUUAAUAAGUUGAUAAUAGUGAUGAUGAAAGUCCACGCUAAAACCAUAAAAAUUACAUUCACAUAGAAAAUCGUAAAUAAAAAUAAAACAUGAUGUAAUAAGGAGAUUCAGAUAAUGAUUAUGGAUAUAACGAAGAUAGAGAAUCCGAAUUUAAUAAUUAUGACCCUUAGUCAGAUGAAGAGGGAUAUGAUUAAGAAUAAAGUUAAUAAUAUAAAGAAGAUGAUGAUGAAGAUGAUGAAAAUCAUGAUAAUGACUCUUUAGAAUAAGAGGCUCCUUAUUUAAAUUAAAAUAAAUGA